AUGACGCUCGUCGGCGGCAUCGCCACCUUCCCAUCCACCCCGCCGCCGUCGGCGCCCCCGGCUUUCCCUCCGCCAAUCGCCGCCUUCCCCACGUCGCUACCACUUCCGCGCGCCUCGUGCGCCUCGCGUUCGUUGCCGAAGCUGAAGUCGUCCCUCUCCAAGAAGUCCUCCCUCCGGCCGCCGUCCACUGCGCCUAACCCCGUCGUCAGUAGUCCAGCAAUUAUGGCGGAGGAAAGGAGAGUUUAGAGUAGUUAGUACCCUUUCCCGGCGACACGACCAUCCUCACAUCCUUGACAGGAGCGGCGGCGGCGUCUGGGGGCACGGUGCUGUACUCCUGCGCGCCGCCGAAUACGUCGGAAACUGGCGAGGCGCUGGAGCUCCACACGAACAUGUGCAGGUCCUUGCCUCCUUCGUCCCCUUUCGCCACGACCUGCGGCUGCCCGUUGGCCUUCCUCGCUCCGCCGGCAUUGGGCAUGGACACGGUCUUCGCCGGCGCUGUCGGUGGAGGGGAGAGCACCCCCGGAUUGGGAGCUGGGUAGCUGUGCAUUGCCGCUGAAACAGGCGGCGCCGCCGCCGUGUGGUAGUGAAACCUGGAUUUCGCGCCGCCGGCUCCUCCGGCGGCGAUGUUGUCCUCCUCGUAAUAGUUCGACGGGCGGGGGGUUGGACCCCGGGAGGUGGCUACCAUGCCGAAGGCAUCGGUGGCGCCGAAGUUGGAGCUCCGCCCAGCCAUGGAGUAGAAGUCGGUGUGGUUGAAGCUGGAACCCCUCGGUGUGGGGUUGCGGGACGACUGCAGCGAGUAGAUUUCCGCGUUGGUGAGGUUGGAAGGGCGCGGCGUGGUCGCGGAGAAGCCGACAGAGCGGCGGGAGAAGACGUCGGAGCGGGAGGCGUUGGAGCGGCGGACGGUGAUGUGGACCUUGCCGUCCUCCUUGACCUCGGCGUCGGCCUCGAUGGCGCCCUCGCGGUGGCCGUCGAGGGAGACGACGUCGGAGUCGACGGCGAUGGAGACAAUGGAGCCGGCGACGUCGGGGAACUGCUCCGUGAUGAGGAGGCGGGCGGCGCGGUACUCGUACAUGAAGAGCAUGAGGGUGUACCAGAUGAUGCACUGGAGGACGACGAUCUGCACCAUGAGGCUGCCGGAGUAG